GGGAUCGGGAUCCAGAUCCAGGUUAGGAACACCGGCAGGGACAGGGACAAGGACCGGAUCACGACCGCGACCGGGAUAAAGAUCCGGUGGGUUUCCUGUUUGAGAGAAUAAUCAGAUUUAGUGAAGUGUGUGUGCAGGGCAGCUCCUUGAAGAUAUUGGUUGCUGUCUGCAGAAUAAUUGAGCAGGGCAGCCCUGGGGUGUGAUCUGUACCUGACUGCGUGGGAGGUCUCCUGAGAUUCGGAUGGUUGUUACCGGCUGGCAGCAUUUUCCAGCUUUGUUGUGCUUUUUACUGGAAGUAUAAAAAUAAUGGCAUUUCCAAGCUUUUCUCAGGGAAAAAAAGAAAAAUGGGAAAAACAGAAGGAAAUCAGCACUACCAUGCUGCUCAGCUGUGUUGAUACCAAGCUGCCUCUGCAGACAGUCUAAGACUUGGCUUUAUUUGGUUUCUGGCAAGGCUGGGGAGAUGACGGCAGUGGACAAGGUGGAGGAGCAGCUGGCGGGUCUGCGCAUAGCCAGGCGCUGCGUGCCCAGCGAGAAACCCGCCUACCUGCUGGACAUCGACACCUCCACGGCCGCCCAGCCCGGGAGCAGCCGCUUCGUGGCAGUUUCCUGUUCCAACAAAUCCAUCAGGGUGUACGACAGGGAGACGCUGCGCUUCCUGCGGGAGUACCACGGCCACCCCGGGAUCCUCAGCGGGGUCAGGUUUGCGCACACGUGUGACAGCGUGGUGUUCUCAGCCUGCAGCCAGGGCGCGGUGAAGUGCUGGGAUGUUCGCUCAGCCGCGCAGGAGCCUGUGCAGGUGUUCAGUGGUUAUCCCUCAAACGCCUUCAUCAGCUUCGAUGUCAGCUGCAGUGACCUCAUCGUUUGUGCCGGAACAGAAAAAGUUGAAAAUGACACGUUCCUGGUGUUUUGGGAUGCGAGAGGCAUUACAGACUGUGCCAGUGCCACUAAAGAACCCUUGGGAGUCUAUUCUGAAAGUCACAAUGAUGACAUCACCAAAAUCUGUUUUCAUCCUGUUGAACCCAAUUUGGUAGUGUCUGGGUCAACUGAUGGCUUGGUGAAUGUGUUUGACAUCAAUAAGGAUAAUGAAGAUGAUGCUUUGAUAUCGACUUGCAAUUCAGAUUCAUCAGUGAGUUCUCUUGGCUGGUCUGGGGAAGAUUACAAACAGAUCUAUUGCAUGACACACGAUGAGGGGUUCUGCUGGUGGGACAUGGCUCAGCUGGACACCGAAGAGCCAAUAACCCUGCUGCAUGUUCUGGAUGUCAGAGAGUCAGUUCACACUGAAAACCACGGCUUGCAUUACCUGGUGGGUGGCUUGUACCACGAAAAGGCAGGGAAACUCUUCCUGGUUGGGGGAACCUCCACAGGAGACAUCCACCUGAUCAGCUGUGGCACCGAUGGCCUGAGCCUAGUGGGGACCCUGUGUGGGGGACACUCGGCCACUGUCCGCUCCUUCUGCUGGAGCCCCACGGAUGAGUCUCUGCUGACGGGUGGAGAGGAUGCUCAGUUGUUGCUAUGGAAACCUGGGGCUGUGGAAAGGUCCCUCACAAAGAAAGCAUCUCUGAAGAUCUCUUCUUCCUUGCAGAAGAGAGUGAGAGUUCACAACACCUCCCUCAAAAGCAGGAAAAAGUGAAAUGCCUAAAGUGGGAAUCUCUGCUGUGCAGAGCUUUCCUGGUGUUUAAUCUCCCUAGGCAAUACUUGGCUGUGUUUUAUUUAGAGGUUUUCUGUGGAAAGAACUGUGGUGCUUGAAUUCCCCCUGGGAAUGUAUUUCAGUCAUCAGAAGAAUGCCUUUUAUUUUUUUUUAAGUUGCUAAUAUUAAUCAGAAAAGAGUAAAUGUUUGCUCCUGAGUUCUUCAACAGCUGAUGUUAAAUCAAAUUAUAUAAAAUUAUUUCUGUGGUUAUUUAAUGUCUCAGACAAUGUUUUAAAUUGUGUAAUACAGGCCUGUGGCUUGCAUAGUUUGUUACCUUCCCAGUGAUAUUUCCUGGCACAUUUUAAAAGCUUUUGUAUUCCAUGCUGUAUUUUGCUUUCUUCACAGAAAACUUAAUGAAAUUGCUCAAUUUAGUAAAAGAUUUUAUGUCACA